CAUUGCCCUAACAAUGACAUAACAUAUCAUUCAAGGUCGAAGGACCCUCAGAAGAGUCCUGUGGGAUAACCAAUAGUUUGGAGAACGUUCUUUUGGAACAGGCAACGUAUGUAGAAAGAGAAAGCCAUUGGUUCCAUAACAGACUCACACACAUGCACACCAUCACGUGAAAACAGACAUCAGCCGCGCACCUAACACGGAAAACCGUUCAAUUGACUCUGGAUUAUUAGUGAUCGCUCUACUGCUUUCAGCCCAUCUUAUCUGUGAGGAUCCACACUGAAAGCUUCCCUACUACCUUUCCCUUAGGCCGGAUCUCAUUCAUUACCAACCACCACCAUUCUGGCCAAUUCACGGUGAGACAGCUGAAAGGCCAGCCAUAACAAAGACAGACCACCAAUUGUCACACCUCGAACGUCAAAAUGGAAACCACAAUAAUGAUCAAGCAAGAGGUCAUGGCCUACAAGAUCCCGGCCCAAGCCUCGGGGAACAACGGUUGGAAGGCCAACUCUUGGAGUCUGGAUAAGCCGGAUUGGACCGGAAAGCUUCGUUUGGUGGCCAAGGACAAGGACUGCGUGAUCAAACUUGAGGACAAAACGUCCGGGAAGCUCUACGCCGAAUGUCCCGUGGAUGCCUAUCCGGGUCCGGCUGUUCAGAGCGUGUCCGACAGCUCUCGAUAUUUCGUGAUCCGAAUCAGUGACGAGGGCACUCGAACGGCUCAUUUGGGCUUGGGAUUCGCGGAUCGAUCCGAUGCUUUCGACAUGAACGUCUCGCUCCAAGACCAUUUCAAGGGCCUCAAGGUGGAGGAACAAAUUCAGAAAGAGAGUGAAGAGCCUCGAGAGCAAUUGGAUCUGUCCCUCAAGGAGGGCGAGACCAUCAAGGUCAAUAUCAAUAUCCCACGGAAAGGUAAUCGGGAAAGAAGCCGUUCGCCGGCCGUGGGGGUUGGGCCAUCUGGGGGCGUGUUGCCACCGCCCAAGGUGAAUAUGGCGGAUGCAGUGGCGGCUGCGGGGCUCCAAGUCCAGAAAGGCCCCAGGAUUGAUGCACCACCCGCGAAAACGGCGGCUAACCCCAAUUGGAUCCAAUUCUAAGACGACCUUCCUCCGCUAUAAUUCCAUUCAAGUUAUUAUCAAUGUCUUGUUCGAGCUUGUUUUUAAGCCAAGUAAGUAAAUUAGUUCAAUGCAAUGGACGAUGCUGGCCAAGGACACAAACCAUACGGACAUUGGUCGCAACAACCAAGAUCUCAGUCACUUUAAAGCGUUGCUGAUAGUGCGAUGCACAGGCAAUGUAGUACAUGCAAUCCAUAUGCAAUACAGUGUAUUGUGUCAGUUUAUUCUGCAUAACUCCUCUUGAAAAUAAGAAUAUAAAAUCUGAUUGA